AUGGAAGACGACACUAAAGUCAACGAACCCAAAGAAGAAACUCAAUACCCAGAGAGUGAAAGCGAGGAAAGCGAGCAAGUCUCACAAGAAGAGAAACUGUCAACAAGAAAUGAGACAGUUACAACGCAGCCAAUCACCACUAAUGAGGAAAUCAUCAGUCCAAGUGGAUCGUCAGGAUCAAAGGAGCCCGCUCAACAAAAGUCAACGCCUGCAGCUUCAAAAACAGCACUCACCAUGCAACAGGAAGGUCAAUUAAGACUAUUAACGUUUAAGGUAGAAACUCUGAUGGAGAUCUAUCAUGACCUCCCGCAGGACGUUGAAACCGAAGAGGACCUCACCCUAGAAGAACUAGACGGGCACAAGGGGAUAAUUGAGGCAGAAUGGAGCGAGUAUUUUCAGAUUUAUGCCAAUCUAGCCGAGUUUCUUCCCCCUGAUCACGAGUAUGUGAACGAAAGGAUCCAUGAACGAGCCACCAAAACAAGACGACAAGCCCUGAUGCUCAUUGCUCGGCUGAAGGGUCAACUGGCAAGGAAAAGGGAUUCAGUCAGCAGCUCAACAGAUCAAAGCCAGGCAAAUCAGCUGAAACGUCUUGACAUCAAGCCAUUCGAUGGGAAACCGGAGGAAUGGAAGGAGUUCAGUGACCUUUUCUUGUCACUGGUGGGAAAUGUCACGUCAAUUCCACCAGUACAGAAAUUGGUGAGACUUAAGGGAUGCCUGAGAGGUCCAGCAGCAGCUCUCCUCUCCACCUUUCAGGCCAAGGACGAAAACUACGACAAGGCUUGGCAGAAACUCACCAGGAAGUACGAAGACCCUAGACUCGUCGCUCAGUCGUUAUUCAACAGGAUCCUGACGCUGCCGAAAAUCACCCAAGCAACAGAAGAGAACCUCAGCGCCAACGGAGCAGCAGCAUUGGAGACCCUAGAUCAAUUACAAGACGUGACGGGGCUGACGACAGACAACAUCGCUGAACAGCUGAUAGCCCAUCUACUGAGGAGAUCUCUUGAUGCAGAGACACUCAAGCAAUGGGAACUAAAGCUGGGAGACUCAAAGGAUUUCCCGAGCCUUAAGGAGUUCGUGGCGUUCAUCGAGGCCUGCGGCAGAGGGAUCAACGCAGGUGCCAAGCUGCUAUCAUCAAAGGAACUCAACGCAGCUACGAAGAAGUCAGCUCCAAUAAAGAAAAGGAGCACCUAUACGGCAGCAACUCAACAGCAGGAAAUUAAGGAGCCAGAAAGACAACUUCCUAGGAACUGCUGUGCCUACUGUCAGGACAAGCAUUUUAUACCAUCCUGUCAGAAGUUCAUCGAGCUCAACCCAGCGAAGAGAAACGACGUCAUUAUCAACAAGGGGCUGUGCUUCAACUGCUUGGGGCCACACACGAAGGCGAAGUGCACGUCGGAAAAGAAGUGCCACAAAUGUAGCAGAUAUCACCACACUCUCAUCCAUGGAGGGAGUUCAUGGACGAUGAGCCCGCCUCCAGCCAGACGCACUCAAGCUGAACCCGUCCAGACUGCUGGAACAUCCAGGCAGCAAGAAGAUCACGGGAACAAAUCCAGUACAUCACCACCAGUAGCAGUGAACUUCAACAACAAAAUGAUCAAUGAGAAAGCAGAGAACAUCAACCACGAAACUCACCAAGGAGAAGCAGAUCAACAGUCAGUGCUGUUGGCAACAGCACGAGUAAAAGUCAUAUCACCGAGAGGAUUCACGACAAAAGCCAGAGCACUCAUCGACCAGGGUUCCGAGGUAUCGUUUAUCUCCGCACAAUUAGUUAAUCAACUGCAUUUACAGAGAAGGGCAUCAACAGUGGAGCUAGUGGGAAUUGGUGGAAUUAAUUCAGGAUACACCAGAGGAAUAGUUUCAGUCACUCUACAAUCGAACAGUGGGACUCAUCAACUGCAACUCAACGCCCACAUUCUAAAGAAGCUCACCACAAUAAUUCCGUCAGUUUCAUGCUCAUCAGCGAGGAUCGGCUCACUUCAGAAUCUUCAGCUAGCCGAUUCCCAUUCUCUCAGGCCUGGACCAAUCGACAUCAUACUAGGGGCUGACAACUAUGGGCGGAUCAUCAUGGAUGACAUUCUCAAGUCAGAGCAAUCGAGAGUAGUUGGCCAACGCACAGUAUUCGGUUGGAUAUUAUCCGGACCAAUCGAAUGCACAAAUUGUUCAAUAAAGGUAUCUCUAUCAGCUGUACGAGAAUCUUCGAAUGAACAACUUCUAGAGCUUCUCCAGAAAUUUUGGGUCCAGGAAGAACUGCCAAACGAGAGAUCAUCAACAUCAGAGCUUUCACCAGAUGAGUACGAGNCAUUAUCUCAGGCCUGGACCAAUCGACAUCAUACUAGGGGCUGA